ACUAUGGCAAAUCCACGCAGCAUUAUAUUGCUGCUAUUUGUGGCGCUCCUAGCCCUGGUUGCCUUCAGCGGCGUUGCGGCACAGAAGAAUAAGAAACAACAGCAGCAGCGGCCCAAUCCAGGCAACCAAGCAGCGAAUCCGAACAGACGCCCAAAACCCCAACAGCAGGCGCAGCGACCCCAAAAGCAAAAGCCAAGUCCACCACAGCAAAAUCCCAAGGUGUUCACCACGACGCUGCCGGCGCUGGGCAAGAUACGCGGUCGCACCUUGGUCACUGAAUGGACUGGCCAGAACAUUAUGCAGUUCCUAGACAUCCCCUAUGGCAAGGCCGAGCGUUUUAAGGCGGCAGAACCGACGACGCCUUGGAAGGGCAUUCUGCAGGCACAUCGUCAUCACGCCGGCUGCCCCUCUAUUCAGGAUUUGGUGAAAUUCGCCAAGUUAGAGGAGAACGGUUAUGACGUCGAGGACUGCCUGCGUCUAACAGUGAAUACCAAAUCGCUGGAGGGUAAACUAGCUCCUGUCAUGGUCUAUGUCCAUGGUGACUUCUUCUAUGACGGCGACACUGUGGAAGCAGCACCCGGCUAUCUGCUGGAGCGCGAUGUGGUCUUGGUGUCAGUGCGCUAUCGUCUUGGACCCUUCGGCUUCCUUUCCACUCUGAGCGAGGAAAUGCCCGGCAACGCGGCUGUGACGGAUCUGAUUUUGGCCCUGAAAUGGAUAAAUGAACACAUUGCCGCCUUUGGCGGAGAUCCACAGCGAGUGACACUCUUUGGCCAGGUGGGCGGCGCGGCGCUUAUUAAUGUCCUCACCUUGAGCCCGGCCGUACCGGCGAACCUGUUCCAUCGUGUCAUCUAUCAGUCCGGCACAGCGCUCUCGCCGGCCUUCAUCACGGACUCGCCUCUGACAGCGACCAAGGAAAUAGCUCGCAUCGCCGGUUGCAAGCCGCUGACCAAAACGGACGCCCUGCACAAGUGCUUCAAUCGCAUGAACGCCACCAUGCUGCUGGCUGCCUUCAGCGUGCAUGGCGAGAGGAAGCCUUCGGUUAGCGCCGGCGCAUACGGAGGAGUACAGCUGGUCAUCGGCGGCCCAUCUGGCAUUCUGCCAGAGCAUCCGGGUCGACUGCUUGCCGCCGAAAAGUUCAAAGCCUAUCCCACUUUGGGGGGCAGUGUCAAGCACGGCGGCACCUUCAUGAUGCGAGACCUAUUUGUGGAGAGCUUUAACGAGAGCACAUCGGACACUCAGAUGACAGGGGCAAAGUACAUUGAUACAAUCAUUGAGCAGAUAAAUGGCGCCGAUCCGACGAGUUCUUGGCGGGAGUUCGCCGACGAGUACAUCUUUAGUGAGGAGGACAUUCGGAAUGGCAGCUUCAAGCGCCUUACACCGGGUCUAAUUGAUCUCUGUAGCACGAUUGCGUUAAAGAAUCCUGUGCUCUUGGUCCUCCAGGCCAAUGCCAAGAAGCUAGCCAAUAGCACGUAUUUGUACACCUUUGACUAUGAGGGGGAGUUGAACCGCUAUGCCACCGGCGAGGAUGAGGCCAUCGAUGUGCCCUUCGACAUGGGCGUCAGUCUGACCGACGAGAAUCUUUACCUAUUUCCCUGGCCGCGCAUCAAUAUGCUCAAUUCCAACAGCGAUGUCAAGAUAGCCAAGCGCAUGGUGGCCCUUUGGACCUCAUUCGCAGCUGAUGGUGUUCCCAGGGCAGAGGGUUUGCCCGCGUGGUCCCCUAUGAACGAUGAAACUGGACCAUAUAUGCAUAUCGGACGCACAGUCACAUUUGGGGACAAUUACUUGGACGAAUACAGCAUUGCGGUGCAGGAGGUUAAGCUGGGAUAUAACCUGGUCAACGAUGAUUACUACGAACUGGAGGCAGUCCUACGCGAUGCCAUUAAUAAGCAGGAACCGCCGGCCGAAUCCGAUACAGACGAGGAUGAGGACGAGGAACAGGAAGAAACCAACGAUGACACAGCAGCCACCGAGGCGCGUGGCCAGAACUUGGUUUUCAUUGCCAGAAAAUCGGCACGCAUUCAACACUAGGUCCAAUUAUUGAGAUGAAAACUAUGGUGAAUUAAAAAUUAAUUUAUUGU